UUUUUUCAAAUUUUUUUCCAACUAGAUUCUGCAGUCCAAAAUUACAAGAACUGAUUGAAGCUAGAGAUCGGAUCCCCCGAGAUAACAUUUUUGUCGCUCACGGAUUUGUUAUUUAUCUUCAAGUUUUUUUCGAUUCUCGGGGGAAUUCGGUGGAUAGAUUCUCGCCGGCGUUGACGCGUAGACUUCAAUUCAAUCGCUGUGGAAUUAGGGUUUGUGGAUUGAGAGAGAAGAUGGUGAAUGUUAUGGUGGAAAGAGCCACCAGCGAUAUGCUGAUCGGGCCGGAUUGGGCUAUGAAUAUUGAGAUCUGUGAUAUUUGCAAUCACGAUCCUGCACAAGCAAAAGAUGUUGUUCGAGGUAUAAAAAAGCGCCUUGGUAGCAGGAAUCCGAAAGUUCAGCUGCUAGCCUUAACACUAUUGGAGACCGUUGUGAAGAACUGCGGUGAUAUGGUCCAUAUGCAUGUUGCUGAGAAAGAUUUGCCUCAUGAGAUGGUGAAAAUAGUGAAAAAGAAGCCAGACUUCCAUGUCAAAGAGAAGAUAUUGAUUCUAAUAGAUACUUGGCAAGAAGCUUUUGGUGGACCAAGGGGAAGAUAUCCUCAGUAUUAUGUGGCAUACCAGGAUUUAUUGCGUCUUGGGGCAGUUUUCCCUCAGAGAUCUGAGAGCUCAGCUCCUGUUUUCACACCACCGCAAACGCAACCAUUGUCAUCUUAUCCACCAAAUAUUCGGAACCUAGAACCUAGUGCUGAUGGAGCUGAGUCUUCUGCAGAAGCUGAGUUCCCAACAUUGAGCUUGACGGAACUUCAAAAUGCACAUGGUAUCAUGGAUGUCCUAUCAGAAAUGCUGAGUGCUUUAGAUCCUGGAAACAAAGAGGGAAUUAAGCAGGAGGUCAUUGUUGAUCUGGUCGAACAAUGCCGCACAUACAAGCAAAGAGUAGUACACCUUGUGAACUCAACUUCGGAUGAAUCACUAUUGUGCCAAGGGUUGGCACUGAAUGAUGACUUGCAACGUGUACUGGCAAAGCACGAAGCACUUGCCUCUGGUGUUGCCCCUGUUCAGUCUGAGAAGAUAAAUCCUGAACCAACUAAAGCCUUGGUACCUGUUGGUGCUCCUCUUAUCGACACCGGUGAUACCAAACAAUCUGACCGAGGCUCUACAUCAAGUACUAGCUUAGGGACACAGUUGUCUAUCCCUCCUCCUGCGACUAACGGCCAGUUGUCAACUCCAAUAAAGACUGAUCCAAAGAUAGAUCUAUUGAGUGGAGAUGACCUCAACACACUGGCACUUGUUCCUGUGGGACAGCCCCAACCAACUAGCCCCGUUGCUUCUCAGCACAAUGCUCUUGCUCUCAUCGACAUGUUUUCAGAUAGUAAUAACAACCAGCCGUCGACUCCUGUUGGGCACGGCUAUCCUUCUUCUUCUCAGUUUCAGCAGCCACAGGAUUUCCAUACUCCGCAGCCUUCUGCAUAUCCUAAUGGCACUUGGAAUGGUCAAAUAACCCAACAGCAGCAACCACCCUCACCAGUUUACGGUCAAAUGACCCAACAGCAGCAGCCACCCUCACCAGUUUAUGGUCAAAUGACUCAACAGCAGCAGCCACCAUCACCAGUUUACGGUCAAAUGACCCAACAGCAGCAACCACCACCAGUUUAUGGCGCUCAAGCAAGUAACUCUCUCCCCCCUCCGCCAUGGGAAGCAGAACUUGACAGCAGUCUACCUGCAGUAAACCAGCCUCAACAAAUGCAAGCAACUCAAGGAAUAGUAAAUCAUACCCAACCAUCGCCUAGCGGAGCUUAUCUCACAGGUCAGCCACCUGUGGCUCAUGAUCAGGCGGCACUUGGUGUGUAUAACAGCAGCCAGUUCACAGCAAUGCAUCCUUAUCCGAUGCAGAACCCGCGGCAACCCCAACCCGUGGUUAUGUAUCCUCAGCAAAUGCAACCUGCCCAGAUGGGAUACAUGUAUAAUCCUCAGCAGAUGUACAACAACCAAAUGCCAGCUGGGUAUGGCUACGGCUAUGGCUACCCACAAGGCCAAAAUCAAAUGCAAAAUGCUUACUUUGCUCAGCAAACCAUAUCCGCGCUGUCAGUGAGGGACGACAGCGGGCUGAGGAAUCCAGUGUCGAGCAAUCUUCCAUCUGGAAGGCAGUCUAGGCCGGAGGACAAGCUGUUUGGAGACCUUGUUGACAUCUCAAAAUUCAAGCCCGGGAAGACAACAUCAGGUAGAGCUGAGAGCAUGUGAAGAGAUAGAUGGGUUUCUUUGCCUUGACUUUUGCUAGUUUGUUUGCCAACUCGCGUGGCCUGCUGCAUAUAUAUUCUUCACCUCCUUGCGCCGUGUUGCCUGCAAUUUAUCACCUAUUCCUGAAUGUUUUUGUUAUGGAUUUCUUGUCAUUAGAAUCAGGCACAUUUCAUUGUAGAAACGAGCACUCGUAUAAAAGAAAGAAACAUUUUUCUUUUUUUUU